AUGGCUGCUCACAGCAUUGUGAAUCUCUCCCCGUCACCAACCACUUCUCCAACAUUUCUCGGCAACGGAGGUGCGCCUAUCCCCGCCGCUAUGUUUAAUCCCGGACACGCUUCGUCCGACGAUGGAGGAACCGAUCCGAAACGCAGGAGGAUUGCAAGAGCUUGUGAUAUGUGUAGGAAGAAAAAAAUCAAAUGUGAUGGUAAACUACCGUCGUGUACACAUUGUGUGAACUACAAAACAGAAUGUGUCUUUACCUUGGUUGAGAAGAAAAGAAAUCCCCCCAAAGGCGCAAAAUAUAUUGAAGGAUUAGAAAAUCGGCUUGGAAGGAUGGAGUCUCUCCUCAAGUUAUCCGGUUUGUUGCCAGAGGGUGAUGGGAAGACGGAUCUGGGGGAUUUGGAACGCCGUUUACAAGAUCAGGUACAGCAACAACAGGCUGCUAGCCAGAAUGGAUCCGUAUGUACACCCACUGUUGGAAGGUCGUCGUCAGAAUCAAUGCGGGAGACUCCGACCUCGUCCUCGAUGCACUCAGUUACAAAUUCCCCCGCAAUCUCUAAAGAGGAGGAUGAAGUGGAAGCCUUGUCGGAUCAGAUGUGUUCUUUAGUCACGAAUAAUUGUGGAGAGACACGAUUCAUUGGUCUUGUUCAAGGUUCCUCAUCGGGAUUUUCGAUAUUUUCACCAAAGGGAAUUCAAUGGGUAAAUGAAAAAACAGGUGACAAGAGUUUUCAGCAAAUGAUCAUGGAGGCCACGUCGGCAGACUCAAAAUGGUCUAUGUGGAAGCAGGAUAUAUUCGGCCCUCUGUUUGAACACCGAGGGGAGAAUGAGUUGCCAACCAAAGAGGUAGCAUCUGCGCUUGUACAAGACUUUUUCCGGUAUUUCAAUGUUUGCUUUCCGCUUUUUCAUAAACCCACUUUCGAUGCUUUAUUUGAACGACACUAUUCGGAGACCCCUCCACCGAAAGACUCCGGAUGGUAUGCGGCUUUCAAUAUGGUACUUGCGAUUGCGUUGCGAAUUCAGAUUUCACAUCCCGGACUACCGGACGAAGAUACUGCUACCUCCCAUGUACAAGAGUCAUGGCAAUUUUUUCAGAAUGCAGCUUCUGUUCUUACUGAAUUACUUUUGAAGAACACUGAUUUAGUCAGCAUACAAGCUAUAUUAGGGAUGGCUCUUUACUUGCAGGGGACUGCUAAUCCACAACCUUCCUAUUUCCUCAUUGCCGCGGCAGUGCGGAUAUCGAAUAGCAUUGGCAUGCAUCGAAGAGGUAACUCGUUUGGAUUGAAUUCCGUCGAGGUCGAGCAACGUCGGCGGGUUUUUUGGAUCAUGUAUCUCCUGGAUAAAGACAUGGCACUCCGCUCUGGACGUCCCCCGUGUAUCAAUGACGAUGACAUCUCCGUUGAAUUACCCGACGAAGACCCCGCCGAUGAUAUUGGCAAUAUCAUGCUCAAGAACGGCAAAGACAAGUGUAACCUCUUUAGACUCAUGGCCACAUUUUCGGUCAUUGAGAGCAAAGUCUAUAUGCAGCUCUAUUCCGCCAAGGCUGCUAGGCAAUCUGAUGGAGAGCUACUGAAUACUAUCGGAGAUCUUGACAAGGAGCUUGAGGAAUGGAAGGAGAGUGUGCCACUGGAGUAUAGGCCGGAUAGUGAAAUUGAUCUUAACCAGGGACCGUUGGUGCUUCAUCUAGUCAUGUUACACUUUGCGUACUACAACUGUCUCACAACAAUUCAUCGCAUGUCGAUACAUCAUGGCUACUGGUCCAGCAGGCUUUCAAAUUACGCUAUAGCUGGCCUAAGUGCACGUCCACUCAAUCCGCGUGUCUUCUCGAGUGCAGCGCUCUGUGUGGCUGCGGCUAGGUCGUCGAUUCACUUGAUCAAGUAUAUUAACAGACGUGAUUAUCCUUGCAUAUGGUUGAUCAUGUACUAUCCCGUAUCGGCACUCGUAACCCUCUUCGCCAAUGUCCUUCAGAACCCACAGGAUGCCCGCGCAAGGAGUGAUCUGAGACUUAUGAAUGUAGUUGUGGAGUUUUUACAGACUGUGCAAAAGGAAGAUGAUAGCAACAAGCAAGACACUGCAUCCGUACAGCGGAUGCUUGCGGUCUGCGGCGAAUUCCAUCGAAUUGCCAAACUAGUGUUAGACAAGGCGGAGAGUGAGAAUGUUAGUAGGAGGAAGAGGAAGAAUGAUGACUCCAGGCAUAGUGUCUCGUAUCCACACAAGCGCGAUGCAUCGAGCUCCCCUAGAACAAAUAUACCGCAGGCUACAUCACCAAGGACCGAGACUGCGUCGCCCCCUACUAGUGUAUUGAACCCAGAGAUAAAUUCUCAGCUCUUUGGAGAUUAUCCAACCGCCUUUUCCCCUUCGAACCCUCUCUCAUGGCUCAACGAGAUGAAUACCCCCGCAUCAACCUUUCCCGUUUCUCCAAACGCGGGUCAUGUAGGUUUAGAUACACAAGGCCUGCCGCAAAUGUCAGGUAACUCGUUCCAACAGCCGUUCGUACCGCAGGAUUUGUGGCAGAUGCCGAUGACAUUUGAGUGGGACUGGGCGGACGUGAAUACUCAAGUCCCCUGGGGACAUGAUGGUACUAGCGGAUUGUAG